AUGGUAGCCGGCAAGAAAACGCCAGAAUCAGGAGAAGAUGCAGCGAAAGCUGAGAUAGAGGGCAACACAUCUUCGACCGAAAAUGUCCCAUACAAGGACGGUGUUGGUGAAUCCUCAGAGAAAGAUCCCGGUAUCGGAGAUGGCAAAGAAAAUCCCUCUAGCCUGGGCGCCUACUCCCUCGAAGAUAUCGUCUUAGUCACCGUCGGCGAGAAGAAGGUCCAAUACCGCAUCCACAAGAAAAUCAUCAUCUCAAAUGUCCGUUUUUCGACAAAUGCCUUGGUGUCGGCAAGAAAGAAUCGCAGGAGAAUGCAGUUUCCCUCCCUGGCGAUGACCCGAAGGCUUUUGCGGUCGUCACUGAAUGGAUCUACACCGGUCGCUUGA